CCCUUACUUCAUACGCUUGAAUUUCAAAAGCAGAAAUAUCAACGAAAUAGUCCACUUGUAGAUGGCGUAUUAAAAUAAAACAUAUACCAGAUUUUAAGGUAGACUUCAAGAAACAUAACUGUGAAUACUGCAUCUAAUUUGUGACAGUAGUUUUUGUGUGGUGCCGGUACAAAAUGUUAGACACAUAUAGACAACUUUUUUAAAAAUGGAACUUAACUUUUUUAAUUUUGGUAUUACUAUUAGAUGCCAGAACAGAAGUAUGCUGCCGGGGCUUCAAUGGUGGAUGGUAGGUGCAGUAUAUUUGGCAGUUGGUUUUCAAAUUAUUGACAUAGCAGUAUGUAUUUACUUCCACGAGUCUUCGUAUAUUACUUUGACCGCAAGAGGAAACAUAUCUGAGGGUAGUGAUUUCGGCUAUUCAAUGGGUUAUCAGCAGGAUACUGUUAAUUUGGUGAUUGGUUCACCAAAUAGCGAUCGAUAUGGAAAAGUCUACAGCUGUUCUUUAAAGGAUCCAUUCGUCUCUAACGUAACAUAUUGCAAUGAGAUCGAUAUGAACUUUGAAAAAAUGACUCCAGAUACAAAAACAGAGAUGAAUCCAGAUCAAAAGUUUAUGCUGGGAGCUUCUAUAGCCGCCACUACGGAUUAUUUCCUGGCAUCCGCGCCGCUGUGGACUGGAAUGCUACUGAAAAUCAAUGCACGGGAGCCAGAUUAUUACGUUUAUGGUACCUGUCUCAUACACCAGAACAAUGGGACUAUUAACAGAUAUAAGGGACUGUAUGAACAGGCACAGAUAGAUAUAGGUCUUAGAGAGACCCAGUCUAUAGCCGGCGGCGUUGGAUGGAAAACAUAUGUCGACGAAGUCCACAAAUUAAUACUGAUUUCAAAGACAUCAACACCACCAUUCAAAGGCACCGUCUUGCAUCUUAACAUCGAUAAACCACUCCAGGAAACAAAAAAAUUGUCCAGCGUUGAUUUCCGUGAUAUUAUCAAAUUAAAUUUAAGAUAUUUUGGAACAUCUAUUACAGCUGGUAAUUUUUUUGAGAGCAGUCAUCAGAUUUAUGCUUUAAGCACGAGAAGUACAAAUAUGUAUGGGAUGGUUUUAUUUCUGCGAUAUAUUGCUAAAAAAAAUCAACUUCAUAUUAUGAAACGUCAUAGGAAAUUCCUAAAAAUAGAGGACACAACCGUGGGCACAAUGUUUGGUGCUGCCCUCUCUGGGGCCGAUCUGAAUAAUGACGGCCUUGUAGAGUUACUCGUAGGUGCGCCCGCGCAAUCAGAAGAUAGAAGUGUUUCUGACACUGGUGCUCUUCACAUAUAUUUAGGUGGAUCUCAGGAUACGGUCGAAAAUCUUGACAGAAAACGCACAAUAGUGAGCAAUAAAGAUGGAUCGCGUUUUGGAUCAACUAUUGCUGUGAAUGAUUUAGACGGAGACGACAAACCUGAAAUAUUUGUAAGUGCUCCUUAUGAAAACUUUGGAAUCGGUGCAUUGUACAUCAUAUCGGGCUCCGAGAUUUACAAUAAUUUGAUAAAACAUGACGGUUUCAAGCAAAUAUCUUUGUCUAAAUUAAACCUCACUCAACGAAUACAGAACGACCAGUUUAAAUACUUCGGAUACAGUAUUCAAGUCUUGCCAGAUUUGGACAACAACGGUUGUGAUGAAAUAGUUGUGGGAGCUCCCAAUAGUCAAAAUGCAAUGUUGCUUCGAUGCAUACCCCGAAUACAUGUCAACAUUACUUCAGAACUUUUUGGAGUUAAGAUUGUAAGAGAACAAGAUAAUAAUUUCACAGUGACAGUUUGUGUUAACGUAAUAUACUUUUCAAAAAUGGAACAUAUAAAUGGAAUACUUUUGGUGUCUAAUAAUAUCAUUGGAGGGGAAGCGUCCAUAUCAGAUAUAAGACAAAGAAUGUACCCCAUCGAUCUUUCAGAGAAAAAACCUCAAUAUUGUGAGAAAGUUUUUGUUAAAUUGAAUAACAAUGAACAGGAAAAUUAUAGGUUCUUAGCAAAAGUUAACUUUAACGAUACGACUAUUGUGAAUACAAAGGAGUUCGACAAACAAUGGGUAACUGUAAGUCCAGACAGCAAAUUGGAAGCGAAUGUAUUAGAGAUAUUCCGUCAUUGUACAGGAUACGAUUGUUUACCACAAUUAUCUAUGUCUAUGACCUGGUCAGGAAGAAAUGAAACGUAUGUUGUGAAAUCGGCACAAACUGAGUCCAUAACAGUAAAAGUCCACAAUUGGGGUCACAGUUCGUACAAAGCAUGUGUAUGGGUGCAUCUGACUGGCGCGCACGUGGCUCAAAUUGACUGCGCCAACCACAACGGAGGGUAUAUGUGCUACUUACCGAACCCGCUGAAACGGAAUGCAGAUUAUGCAUUUAAUAUAACAUUGGACAUGGGAAAGGUGACCAAUAUGAACAAACACAUAAAUGUCAAUGCUCGUUUGUAUGAAGAUUGUCCAGAAACAGUUGACGUCAAUGGGAACGUCUCAAGUUAUAAAACUGAAAAUAAAUCUAUAUUAUUAUCGUUGGACAUAAAUGAGAUUUUAUUGAAUGGGUUUGAACGUAAUGUAACAAUAACUGACAAAGAAAUAUUAGACAAAGGGAAUGAAUCAUUCAAUGUAGUGCAUGAAUAUUUGAUAGUAAAUAAAGGUGUUGUAACUUGGAAAAAUAUUGAAGCUAUUAUUAUAGUGAACAAAGAAUCAUACAUAAAUAUAUCAGGAUUCAGAGCUGUUGUGAUAAACAAAUAUGUCGGACAGGCAUCGUCAACAGACUCCAAUAGUUGCAUCCGAACUGGUUUAGAAGAUGGUAUAGUGAAGUGCCUGCUCAAUUUGAUGCCACGAUCAAAUGUCUCGUUGAUGGCGACAAUUCCAAUCUUCAACAAUAAGAUAGUCGAGGGUCUUGUCGACAAUACGUUAAGGAUAUCAUCAAAUAUGUCAUUAUAUUUAUAUCCAACAGCGACCAUAAUGGAUCAAGGGUCAGCGACGACGGUUAUAUUCCAAAAAGAAUUGAGUCUAGCACAGGAUCUAACUGUUAUCAUAUUAUGUGCUAUUAUAUUGGCCGUGAUAAUUUUAAUAGUUAUAGCAUUUAUAUUAUAUAAGAUUGGUUUCUUCAGACGCAAACAAAAGGAAGAGUUAAAAGAGCAUAUAAGAAGAAAGAGUUUUAGACAAUCCACAUCCAGCCGUCAUGAUAACGAACCAGAGGAACCUAUCGAUCUAACCAUGGAAGUGGAAGAUGAUGCUUUUGUGUCCUCGAGCAAACAUUUGGACACAGCUGAUGACGUUCCAUUACAAGAGAAUGAAGAAAAAGCUGAAGCCGAAGUACAUUCCUAGUUUAUGAUAGUUUUUACUUAUUUGUUUUAUUUAAUAAUAAUAAAGUUUUAUUACUAUUUAUAUAAUAACAAUAUGAGUAAUGUUAAAAGACCUAAGAAUAAUUUUCCUUCCAAAUUUGUUAAUAAGCUGUAUAAUCUUGAGUUUAAUUAUUUACAAGUUUCAAUUAAACAGGAAAAAAAAUA